AUAAAUUUCAUUUUCCUCUUCAACAUCGUGAGAAUCCUGAUGACCAAACUGCGAGCGUCCACCACGUCAGAAACCAUCCAGUACAGGAAGGCUGUGAAGGCUACGCUGGUGCUGCUCCCUCUCCUGGGAAUCACCUACAUGCUGUUCUUCGUCAACCCCGGCGAGGACGAGAUCUCUCAAAUCGUCUUCAUCUACUUCAACUCGCUGCUGGAGUCCUUCCAGGGCUUCUUUGUGUCGGUGUUUUACUGCUUCCUGAACAGUGAGGUGAGCACCUUCUCGUCCGUUUGUCGACCCAACGUUUUGUGUUUCCCUCAGACUCGUCCCCUGCAGGCGUCUCCGCUCUCCCUUUUUCUCGGCUGCUGCAGUGAGUGAUAGAGCUCGGAGCGUCUGCUUCCAGGGCACAAUUACGACUUGUCAUGUACCGA